CCAUUAGCAUGGUUAUAACCCAGUCCCUACUACUCGCUUAUUACUUUCAAUGAACGGAUCACACUGUUUUGAAAUUACAGUAUAUGAAGUUAUAUGCGUAAUGGAUAUGAUAAGGAAUAUUUGUACACAUUGCUAUUUCAGAUAGAGGAAUGAAAAAGUCUAUUAUGUGUCGGCCCUAUGAAAAAAAAAAACAAAAAAAAACAGGAAUUCCCUACGACAUUGCUUUGAUGGGCAUUCGAGUCAGGCUUCGGAUCGCGUGGUCAAGGUUUCGAAAAGCAAGUCGAGUUUGGUCGCAGAAGGCAAACCCGUUGUGGAGAUUGUGGUUUCUGGGUGACGGAUAGUGACUUGUGAUCUUGGGGUUGGCGAUCAUCUGUGCAACACGGUAGAAAGAAUUGAGUUAGCGCGAAGCCUCAGGCACGUCGUCAGCGCAAAUAUGCCGAGCUUGUGGACUGUAACGUAAUAAGAAAAUGCCAAUCGAUGAAUUUCGAAUAGCGCGCGGGAGAGAAAAGGAUGAAGUAUGUAAUGCCAACACCGGAUCUGAAACAAAAGAUGAAAAUAAGAUUGUGUAUCCAGAGAAUACCAACAUUCCACCGUAUUUUCACUCCUGUUCUGGUCGUGCUCGAGCCGUUGAAGUGAUGGUCGCGAGGGCAUCCCGGUGCUGAGAGGAGACGACGGCCUCGGUAGCCACACCCCCUUGCACCCUUCUGUACCCUUCCUCCUUCCCUUCGCCCUCACCGUCCCCAGCGCUGCUUCUCCUCGCCCUUCCCCCGCUCUCCUCCACCCGCCCUCAUUUCCCCUCCCCUUCUCUCCCCCCGAGUCGUAGCAGCAGCUUGCCUCUCCCGCCGCAACCGCGUCCACUGCAAGCAUGUUCCGGUCGUCGCGGCUGCGGGUCCACACCUGCAAGAUCGUGCUGGUGACGUCGCUGGUGUGGUUCGUGAUGGACGUGGCGGUGAUCAUGUACUACAGCGACUGCUCGACGGGCUCGGGCUGGGGCUGCGGCAGGAGCGACGCGCAGGACCGCGAGAGCCGCGCCGACCACCACCGCACCAACAAGGGCCGAGGCAUCCGAAACCACCGCGCCGACAACCACGACGUCGAUCUCGAGGGCUUUAAACUGGACUACCCGCCGGAGGAGCUGCAGAAGUGGGUGUCGCGGCCGCCCGUGCCUGAGCACCCCGGCCUCCCCGGGGAGAUGGGCAAGCCCGUGAGGACGCCGCCAGGGCAGGAGGCGCUCAUGAAGGAGAAGUUCAAGCUGAACCAGUUCAACCUCCUCGCGUCGGACUCCAUCAGCCUGAACAGGUCGCUUCCCGACGUGCGCCUCGAAGGAUGCAAGACCAAGAAGUACCCGCCCCUGAUGCCGACCACCUCCAUCGUGAUCGUCUUCCACAACGAGGCCUGGUCCACGCUGCUUCGUACCGUCUGGUCCAUCAUCCAGCGCUCCCCCCGGCCGCUGCUGCAGGAGAUUCUGCUCGUGGAUGAUGCGUCUGAGAGAGACUACUUGGGCGAGGAGCUGGAGCAGCACGUGAAGACGCUGCCUGUCCCCGUGCGGGUGCUGCGAACUGUCGAGAGGUCCGGCCUGAUCCGCGCGCGCUUGCUAGGCGCCUCGCAGGUCAAAGGUCAAGUCAUCACCUUCCUGGAUGCCCACGUAGAGUGCACCGAAGGCUGGCUGGAGCCGCUGCUGGCAAGGAUCGCCGAGGACAGGUGAGUGGACUGAGUAGGAC